GACUCCUAGGGGAACGCGUACGAAGCAGGAUUUGUCUUUCGUAUUUUGGCAGGCAACAUAAGUCUUUUACUUGUGCGUGUAUGACCCAGUGAGCUCGGUGUCGUAUGGCUACGUGGGGAUCGUUAAAGCUUGGCGGUGCUUCCACCACCACCACCACCUGCAGCAGCAAUACCCGCCUGACGCGAACGCCCAGCAAGGGUGGAGCCGCGGGGUUGUUCAGCGACACGCUAACGGCUGCACUGGCCAAACGGAAGAAUCGAUUCAAGGAAAUCACCGAGGAACUGAACCACCGGAUCAACAAGGAGGAAAAGGAAGAACCCUACCAGAGGCCGCUGUUCAACACGGAGAAGAUACGUCGCAUCAUGGAACGGGUCAUUGAGAAGCAGUUCGACGUGGACGAAGAGGAGAUGCGCUACAUCUACGAUCCGACGAAGAAUUUGCAAAUGUGCCAGAACAUCUCCAAGCAGAUCAAGGAUCGGGUUAAGAACAUGAACUACAGGAGGCACCGGAUCAUCAGCUUGGCGACGAUCGUCGAGAAACAGCAGCAAGGGGUGCACUACAAGAUGAAGUACAUCUUGGAUCCGAAAAUGGACGACUACAUCCGGCAUUACCACGAGACACCACAUUUCUACAUAAUAGCAACUGUGAUUCUAGUGCACAAAGAUUGACUUA